AUUUUUGUAAUUCUUCCACAUUUCUGCUUCAGGUGUGACGUCACGUCGCUGCCGGGGCCGCUGCUAUGGACAACCUCACUUACAUCAUACGUCCGGCACCAUUCAUGUCGGGCGAGGGAGUGAUGACAGACAGUCGCUACGAGGUUAAGAUGCUAGGCUGGAACACCCCUCAAGAUUACUUAGACUACGUGCACCCCUACUGGACCACUUUCCACGCUCCCAACCCCUUCCUCCACUACAUGCUUGGCGUAUUCUACAUCUUUUUCAUGGUGGCGGCGCUACUGGGCAACGGUGUAGUUAUCUGGGUCUUUACAAGUGCCAAAAGCCUUCGCACUCCCUCCAACAUGUUUGUCGUCAACCUGGCCAUCCUCGACUUCAUCAUGAUGCUCAAGACGCCGGUGUUCAUCAUCAACUCCUUCAACGAGGGUCCCAUUUGGGGCAAGAUUGGGUGCGACACCUUCGCGCUAAUGGGAGCCUACUCCGGUAUCGGCGGAGCCAUGACCAACGCUGCCAUAGCCUUUGACAGAUACAAGACCAUCGCCAGGCCGUUCGAAGCCAGAAUGUCGAAGACUGUGGCCUUGUUGAUGGUGCUGUGCAUCUGGGCAUACGCCUCUCCUUGGGCUCUCCUGCCUCUCUUUAAUGUCUGGGGAAGGUUUGUUCCAGAGGGCUUCCUCACCACCUGUAGCUUCGACUACUUGACGGAAACCUCCAGCACCCGCGCCUUCGUGGGCUGUAUCUUCGUGUUCUCUUACGUCAUCCCCGGCUGUAUCAUCGUCUACUUCUACAGUCAGAUCUUUAGCCACGUCAAGGCUCACGAGAAGGCCAUGAGAGAGCAGGCCAAGAAGAUGAACGUGGAGAGCCUGCGAGGCGUGGGAAGCAAAGAGGAACAAGAAAGGUCAGUAGAGAUACGCAUCGCUAAGGUGUGUAUGGGCCUUUUCUUCAUGUUCGUCGUCUCCUGGACACCCUACGCUGUCGUCGCCCUUAUUGGAGCCUUCGGCGACAGGUCCAAGUUAACACCUCUCAUCUCUAUGCUUCCGGCUCUCAACUGCAAGUUUGUUGCUUGCAUUGACCCCUGGGUGUACGCCAUCAACCAUCCCAGAUACAGGCUGGAACUACAGAAGCGUAUGCCUUGGUUCUGCAUCCACGAAGAGAAGCCACAGGACUCAAUAUCAAUGUCCACCACCGACACCUUGGCCAAGACCUAGACCAGGAGGCAACCUGCAACGGACAUCCAGCACCAUACCAAGGACGAUGCAACAUCACCAAACAAAGGCCAACAGAGGACCCCAGCUCUAUAGGAUCAAGAAAACACGAAGAGACUUACCCAAACCCCAACAAACCAAAACUUCGACUCCACAAACCAAACUAAGACUUCGGCUCCACAAAUCCACUGACACCCAGAUCUCUUGUCCAAAUUAAGAUCGAUUUGAUCGUGCCAAAAAUAUAUAUGUUAGCAGGUCCUGCGGUGUGCAAUAGUCUCAGAGAGUCUUAUCAUGCAAAGAUAGUUUCAAAAGGAAGAAUUCAUUGGUAGAGUAGCGUCCAGUCAUCCCGUCAUGUUGAUAGCAGCCUUCAAACGCACUAGGACUGAAAGACAUUCCUAAAUGAGGCAAGGGGAACCCUUAUGCUCUUAAAAUGGAACAUAAAAUGGAGGUAGCAGGAGUUUCGAUUGCUGUCCUGUUUAGAAGCUGUGCUAGGAUUGGUUCUAUGUUUAGUAAGCCAUACCCCUCCCAGCACUCUCCUAGCCUGGCACCGCUGCUCUGUCUGCUCAUCCACUAAAAGACUCCUAGCAUGUUCUCAGAACCUCUCCCUUCAACCCUUGAAAUAAAUUCCCAGCAAAUCAAAAAAUAUUUUUAGUAUUUUCCCCUGACUUUAGAAUUACUUAUAAUGUUACCUCUAUUCUAUUUAACAGCGCCUUCCUGAGCUUAUACGUAUUAUGAAUUAUACAUUUAACAACGGUGGAAGGUGGACCAAAGACAUGACGUGGGGAUGUAGGUAAAAAGCAGGUUGUAUCCUGUAAUGUAGUAUUGUCUACCGUAAUUUUAAAGUACAAAUAAAAACAUAAAUGUAUACACUUUGGGCACCUUAAUUGAAGACUUUUCGGGACCUUGAUUAAAUCAGAUUCGAUGUAUAUGCAGUAAUCAAGGUCCAAACAAGGAUAAGUUUCAAUUAAGGUAUCCAGAGUAUAUUAUUAUUAUUAUUAUUAUUAU